UUACAGAGAGAGUUGGCCAGCAUUUCAUUUCAUUUUGUUUAGGAGCUGGCAGUGAAGCAAAGCACUGGAAACUGCUUUCCCAGUUAAUCCAGUCUGUUGCAUGACGACCAUCAAAUACGAGUGGCCCAUCAUAUCAUAUCAAGCACUCACGAAGGGACUCUCCAAGAUGAUGCUGAAGGUAGAUAGGGUACUGUGAUUUUCUUAGAGCAAACUUUGGGUGCAGAUGCAGUGCUGAGACAUCACGUAGCUGCGAAGAUGGGGACCUACUCCAAUAGAAAUCCUAUGAUACCUGAAGCUACAGCAGGGGCGUCUGUUCCACAUUUUACCUGGUUUUAUCCCGGGAGUUUUCUCUCUGCAUCAAAAACCAGCUCAAAUCCUUUUCAAGGAGUCCAAUUAAACGCGCAACCUAGUCUUCCUGUUGGCCCCAUUCGAACCAUUGCUGUCACACCUGAACCGGUGAACGAUAUCGACUCAGCAACUAAACCUGCCAAAGGUAGAAAACUUAAGAAUUCUGUGAAGGGUUCUAACCAGGUUGCAUCUAAGGUUUUCAGACCAAAGCAAACCAAAAAGACUCCUAAAACGACAAAGGGAAAAAGUAUGCCUGAAGGAAAACGAGAAAAGAAGAUUCUGAAUAAUAUUCAUAUGGAGAAAGCAGACUUUGAUUUCUCCAGGGUGCCUCCUCCAUACUGUUCUUGUACAGGUGUUGCCAGAUUGUGCUACAAAUGGGGAGCUGGUGGAUGGCAAUCUUCAUGUUGCACCAUUAACCUAUCAGAGUAUCCUCUGCCCAUGAGUUCUACAAGACCUGGGGCUCGUGUGGCUGGGAGGAAGAUGAGCAACGGAGCAUAUGGGAAACUUCUACUGAGACUUGCAGCUGAGGGUUGUGAUCUUACUCAUCCAGUUGACUUGAAGGACCAUUGGGCAAGACACGGUACCAACAAGUUUGUUAUAAUCAAGUAGAGCUGUGGAGAAAAGGGUAGUUAAAUAUUUGUUAGUUGCUAUCAUUAUUCCCAUGUUUUCUUGUAGAUCUAGUUUAUUGAUGAAUCAUAGUUAAUCAAAUUAAGUAUCUGUAUAUUAGUUUCUCUGAAGUUUUCUAGAAUCUAGAACUUAUUUGGAACAAAAUGCUGCUUCAAAUAGUGAGAAUUCUUCUUAUAACUUCACUUUCUUGCU